GUUUCCCUAGUGCGCAUGCGUCCUAUUUCACGUGUUUCAAGAAAUGGAUUUGCGUACUAAUUUUUCUCCUAAUCAUAAUUAUCUAGCCUCUGCUUCUCAUGAUGGAGUAUUAAAAAUAUAUGAUGUUGAUACAUCAACUAUUAAACAGCAAUAUACACCCUCUGCGCACUUAACAACAACUUGUACGUGCUUAUCAUGGGCACCGCGUGAAGUGACCGAGGAGGUAAGGGCGAAGAGACGAAAGAAGGUUGAUAUUGCAAACUCAAAGGAUACAAAUGACCUGUUUGCUUUUGGAACCUUGUCUGGUCAAGUUUUUAUAUAUAGUGUAAAGAAUGGUGAAAUACAAGCAGAAUUUAAUAAGGGUCAUAAUGCUAGAGUGAAUUCAAUAUGUUGGUCGGAAGAUGGUCAGUCUAUAUAUUCUGGAAGUGAUGAUAAAUUUGUUGUUGAAUGGAACGCUUCCUCAGGCAAAUUAAAGCGAAAGUGGAAGGCGGAGAAGACGGGUGUUAAAGUUCUAACACUUUGUAAAGCCCAUAGGAGACUUUUAACUGGUUCUAGAAGUAUACAUUUAUGGUGUUUAGAUACGGAAAAAUUACUUAGAACUUUCUCCGCUCAUUCCGGAUCAAUCAGCCAUCUUGCCCCAUUUUGUAUGGAUCAAGAUAAAUCUUAUUUUUUAUCAUCAGCUAAUGGUGAUCGUUUAGUAAAUAUUUGGAAUAUAGACGAUGAAAGACCAAUAGCAACGAUAACGGCAGCGAGCGAAAUUCGAAGAUUAUCUGUUAAUGAACGAGUUAAUCCCAUAAUAUUUACUAUUGUAACUAAUGAUGGAUGCGUAUAUUUAUAUGAAGCUGUGAUUAAUGGAACUUGCAAACCUUUAACAUAUUCUGUACAUUUAACAAUAGCGGCGGAUGAUGACGAAAAUGUCUUACAGCAAAUCGGAAUUGUUGACGCAAAUUUCACUGCUGCUAAGCGCCUUGUAUUGGCCUACGGGUUGAAUUAUUUGACAAUAGAGGAGCUGACCUAUGCAGGAUUGGAAAAAGAAACUGUUUUAUCAAGAAAAUUACCUAAGAAUGAUUUGAUCAAAGAAGGUACCUUUCGAUUGGAAAAAGAUGUUAUUAGGAAAGGGAAACAAGUAGAAAUUUUCGAUAAUUCAAAUAUGGUAUUAAAACGUGCCAACUUUGCUCAUGAAACUUCCGAACUUUUAGGAUCAAAAGACAUUAAUAAAGAAAAACCGACAGCUGACAAUAUGGCAAUAUUAUUAACACAAGCAUUGAAAUUUCAAGAAAAAAAGACUUUGAAUUACAUUUUGCAACAGAGAGACGAGGAUAUGAUUAGAAAAACUGUUGAAAAAAUUUCUUAUUCAGCUGUAAUUCCCUUAGUGAAUGAGUUGAUGGAGAGACUGUCAGGCAGAGCUCAAGGAGCAAUUACGGCAAUGGUGUGGAUUAAAAGAGUUCUUUCAGUGCAUAUGAGUUACUUGAUGAAUUCAAAAUCUGCAACAGAUCUAUUACAACCCCUUAUCGAUGUUCUUACGAACAGAGAGCAGAUGCAUACGAAACUAUGCAGAUUGCAGGGUAAAAUUGAUUUGGUUAUUGCUCAAAUUGCUUCUGCUAAACACGAAGAUGACGAGGAUGACGAGGAGAAGCCCGCCGGAUUGGUCUACGAUGAUGAUUCGUCGGAUGAAGAGAAUACUGCAGUUGGUAUGCAAUCAAUGUCUCCCUUGAAUAAACUAGAUGAUGAGGGAGAUAUGGAAGUAGAUGAUAACCAUUUAGAGGACGAAAGUGAUGAAAGCGAAGACGAGUGUAUUGACGUUGAUGAAGGUGAUGACGACGAUGAAGCUGAUGACGAUGAUGAUGACGAUGAGGACGAUUAA